AUGUUUUCUCUCCGCGUAACUUUGGGUGGCCUUAAUAACGUGUUGUCCUCUCAGAAUACGCUAAACGGUGUAGAUGUAAUCACACGCGUCAUGGUAUCUGUUCUGGAUCACGCCUCGAAACGAUCAGCCACAUCCCAAGCUCCACAAACGAGAACUGGCUCUUUUACACCCAGUCCGGCCAAAGUGACCGCAUCCACUCUGUCCGAUUCCCUGUCUAAUCUCUCCCUGUGCACAAGGACUGCUGACCCGGAUCAUCCGACCCCGACCCAUGCACGCACUGGGAAAUCCCCUCGUUCGUCUGAAAAUUGUUCGUCGGACUCGAUUCCGAUCAAAAUGUUUCACAGAUCCGUUGCUCUCGCUCACCUGUCCCCAACAAAAUCAACGGCCCCCAAAGUCUCCCAAAUGGAACCGUCCUCUCCGGGUCUGAUCCUUCCCACAUGGUCGCAUUCAGACCAGUCUGAAAUAAACUUUGUCACGAUAGCCUCACGCACAUCCAGCAUGGGCACUUCAUCACACAUUCCACACACAAAUGCCGGUUCUACCCUCGACUUGCUCGAAGCUGGUUUUCGAUGUUUAUCCCAUCUGACCGCGGGACAUCCGGAAGCAGUGAAAGCAGUGGCCUACUUCUACCAGCAACGACUUUCUUCCCAUCUGGUUGGUACCGUAGUGAUUCACGUGCUUCUACCCCUCCUAUCCCCAACAGAUAGCUCGCCGUUUGACAGUGAGCGACAUAAGAGUUCAGAAAAUCUCACCGAUCGACCGCAUCGGAUUCAAACCCUUCAACUGAUCCGCGCGUGGGCCACACUUCUCAAUAAUUUGUGUGCUCUAGCUCCAAUAGCCUCAUCCCCCACAACCACCAUCACCGCACGUGGACGACGACGCUUUCUGCACCAUGGGAGCAAGUGUGUGUACACGCGGUUGCCCAAAUCCCUCGUAUCACAGUUGAGGCGAUCUGUACGACCUUUGGAUCAGUCUCUGACGGAACUAGCUGCACUGGUAGGUCAUUCGUUGGGGCUAAAUUCGAGAUGCUUUAAUUUUACGCAGGCAUGCUUCUGA